AUGGUUUUGGUCAACGGGAUAAAAUACGCUUGCGAGCGGUGCAUCAGAGGGCACAGGGUCACUACAUGCAACCAUACCGAUCAACCCUUGAUGAUGAUCAAGCCCAAAGGACGGCCUUCGACCACCUGCGCACACUGCAAAGAACUGCGCAAGAACAAGAAUGCAAACCCCACAGGCGGGUGCACAUGCGGACGACAGCAGAAAAAGCGGCUUGCCCAAAAAGCCAAAGAGGAAGCGCGAGCCAAAGCAAAGUCCAAGGAUGACUCAUGCCGGUGUAUUGAAACCGACAAGUGCACCUGCCAUGCGCGACGUAAAAAUAGACGCAGUGUCUCUAGCAGGAGCAGGACAACUACUACAACCACUUCAUCAAUCGCCUCAGAGGAUUCUCCCACAAUGCCAACAUGCGACGGCCCAGACUUUUUAGGACGUAUUGCAAAAAGCCACGCCAUGGGCUCACUGCCCUCCUUUCACUCGUCUCAGUCGCUAGACCGCGACUUUGGGCUAGCGACAAGUCCGGUACUUUCGCCAAGUCUGAGUAAUUAUCAUGGUAAUAGCUCGAACUGGGAUGCGAAUUCGAUCACUAGCCUCAAGUCUGAUUCGCGUAUCAAUUUAUCUGAUCGCAGUCACCAAAGUAUCGGGCUAGACUCACUCCACAGUACACGAGCGUUCCCGCCUCAGGCGAGAGCACGUGUGGGGGAACUCCCUAUACCCAUGGAAGACUAUUCUUCCGAUCUAAACAGCCUAAGCGCAAAUUCAAACUUUAAUCCAUCCGGCUCAUCGAACCGCGUGGCGUGGUCGGAGGCCGACCCCAACCACGGUCUUUUGGAUUUGUUCGCAGACACGUCUGAAAACGUAAACACCAACUACAUGGCAAUGAAAAGCAGCCUGAAGCGAAACAAGAGCUAUGCAUCUGGCUUGGGAGUAAUGACUCCUCAAUGUGCAGGAAAGGAUCCUUAUGCUCAAAUAACCAGAUCUCAGUCCUAUCAGCGAGACGUACCGAAACAUCUCGUUUCAAGACCUUCCGUGGACAGCGUGAUAUCACAUUCUUCAAAGGUGUCUGAGGGUGCAAAUAAUGGAAGAGAGACGUUGCAGAGUAAUCAUUCGCUACCCUUCAUAACGGCAAGGCAACUUCAACCACGGAUGUCUUAUGGAGGGAACAAUUUCCCCCCUGGGUGCCUCAGCUUGGAUGACGACAGCGCUAAAAGCGUUGAAGUGUUGUCACUGACGCCUAGCUUCAUGGAUAUCCCAGACAAUACGAAUUUUUACUCUGCAACUUCUAACCCAUUUCUGCACCAACAGAAAGUUGAACCCCGCAAGCGAUCAGUCAGCAUUCACAGAAACCACCGCUACGACUCGUUCACAAGAGGCGCCUCCGGUGAAAGUCACACGCCUGUCAUACAACAAACACAAUCACCACAUUCGCGGCAGGGGGGUGAAGUAAAAGCGGAGGCAACCACAAGAGCAGAGAGCCAGGAUGCAGAUAGCGACUCUGCUUUUCCGUUGAGCCAAGUCACACCUUCUGGCCCUUCUAUGAACAUUUCUCCAGGGGCAGAUAGUAAUUCACUCACACAAACGUCUCAUGUUAGCUCCCCUAGGGAUACGUUAACAAAUCAGUUCAUGGAACCAACCUCUAGCUUCACUUCGGAAAUUGAUCAUAUUCUAGGGUCCAAUAAUGAUGACGUACAGUCUCUGUUUUCAGAUCCUACGAUUUCUUUGGAUGCGACACAUUCAAUGAACUUGGAAGCAUCGCCGAUAGACCAAGCGCAUAGAAUGCCCUCUUUAUGCUAUUCUGAAACUACUGGAGCCUCCAAUCUUGAUGAUUUGGAUAAGCUAAUGGCUGAAUAA